UGCAACGCAACCAUCAUUCAAACUGACAACUUCAUCACUAGCCAUUUGGGCUUCCUUGCAAUUUACUAUUCUUUGUUUUUAAGUGACCGUUACUCCAGAAGCUCAUCAAAGGCUACUUCUGUUUUUAAACGAGAGCUUUCUGCAUUUGAAUUUGGACACAUAACACCAAAAAGUGGGCUGUUUUCUUUUUCUUUGCUUUAAGUUCGUGCUGUUGCAGGACUCUUCUUCUUUUCCUAGAAUUCUGAAGAACAAAACGACGCAGCAUUUUGGAGCUUGCUCAAGUGAAGCCUGAAGCAUUAGGAGUAGGCCAUCUCUGUCUCUCUUGUUUAACAGCUUUGUGGGUAGUUUGUGUUUCAGUUGUGUUGGUUUAUGGAUUUUGCAGUGUACCCAAGAGUCAGGGUGAGGAAACAAGAACAAGAAGAUGACACUGAGUCUGAAAUUUUUCCACUAGAGAUUAAUGGAGAUUCGAAGUUCUUGAAGGUUCUUGAAUCUCUAUCUGUGCUAGCCUGCUUCUCCCCUGAGAAGGAGAAUCAAAGUGAUUCACCAGCUUUGAUUGCCAGAAUCACACAGCCUUAUGUCCCAAACCUCACAACCGAACCAGUUUCUGCUUCUAAAGAGAAUAACAAAGUUCAUGGCAAAGCUCAAUUGAUCUCGCGUCCUCGAGCAGUCUUAUCUAGUCCUGCAAAUGAUGGCAUGUUUGGAAGUAGAAAAAAGGCCAAUAAUGAAAAGUCUUUGGCUUUGAGGAAGUGCAACUCUGAACCCAGGAAGCCAAUCCAAUUCCAAACCAAGGCCAAGGCCAGUGCUAGCGAGUCUAGUCAAGCUAAAGCUAAAGCAGAAAGCUCUCCGAACAUGAGAAGAGGCAGCUCCAAGGGAAUCUCAAGAAUUGGCAGCUCAAAAUUUCAUGUGCAGAAACCUUCUUAAAUCAGCAAAACAAGCUCCAUUGCAAGCUGCUCACUAUCAUUAUUGUGCAAGUCAGCUGCUUGGGAUGUGGCACAUCCCAUUCGCAAAGUACGGAAAUUAAGAGUUGGUAGGAAACUUUAAACAGUCAGAUUUAAAUAACUUUUGGAUCUAUGGCCAAAUUAUUUAAUUCAAUGUAUUCAUUAGUUUUCUGCGAGCUAUUGUAUAUCAUUUUCAUUAGUUUUCUGCAA